AUGCAACAAAUCUGGCUCUCACCCGCUUUACUUGGUGUGCUUAACCACAUCUUCUUCCGCUACUUUGAGCCAGGCAAUGCGCACUACCCUCUUUUAGCGAUCCUCAUCCAGCCUGCGCUGCUCCUUUCGUUCCUCUCUCAUGGCACACCCACCGUGCCUACCGCGCUCAAUGUGCUCGGCGUCUACGCGACAUUCAUCGGCAGCCUUUCGCUCUCUAUCGUGCUUUAUCGACUCUCCCCGUGGCACCCCCUCGCAUCGGUCCCGGGCCCAACGCUGUACAAGAUCUCAAAGGUCUGGAGCAUCCGCGACGCCGUGCGGGGGGACCCGCAUCGGGUCGUCCGGCGGAUGCAUGAUAAGUACGGCCCAGUUGUCCGAACUGGCCCGAAUGAGGUUUCGAUCGUACACACCGACGCGGUCAAGGUCGUGCUGGGGACCUACCCCAAAGGCCAGCAUUACGAGCCCCGCGACGAUCCCGCCGUUCCAGCCAAAUCGCUGCUGGUGCUCAAGGGAGAGGCGCAUACGAACCGCCGCCGGAUCUGGAACCGUGGCCUCAACUCAGCCUCAAUCGCUGCUUACGAGGUGACCUUGGUGAAGCGCGUCGCACAGCUGCUGGAGAGGCUGGAGGAACAGUCACUAUCCGGGUCGUCGGUCAGCAUCUCCAAGUGGCUGGGCUAUUUCACGUUCGACUUCAUGGGCGACAUGGCAUUCGGUGGUGGAUUUGAGAUGAUGCGUGAUCGCGGAGAUACAAACGGGCUUUGGAAGAUCAUCGAAGACGGCACUCGUGUCUCGGCGUUGCUGGCUCCGAUCCCCUGGAUCGUGCCGACGGUACGGAUGCUCCCGGGUCUCGCCAAGAACAUGAACACGCUGAGUCAGUUUGGCGUUGACUCCGCUGCCAAUCGCAUCCAGGCAGGCUCGCUCGUCAAGGAUCUGUGGUAUCAUCUAACGGACGAAGCCGAGGUGGAGAAACAGCGCCCCUCGAUCCCCGAGGUGGUCGCAGACGGCGUGUUGAGUAUCAUUGCGGGCUCCGAUACGACGUCUACGGCACUGAGCAAUCUCAUCUGGCUCUUGCUCUCGAACCCAGCGGUCUACAAGCAAGUCCGGGAGGAAGUCGACAGCGUCUACCCGCGCGGUGACUCGCCCCUCGAUGCGUCCAAGCAUUCCCAGCUCUCCUUCCUCACCGCAUGCAUCAACGAGACACUCCGGCUGCUCCCGCCCGUCCCGUCCGGGGGGCCCCGCAAGGUCCCCGUAGGCGGUGGAAAGGUCAUCGCUGGACACUACAUCGCACCAAACACGCAGAUCUUUGUGCCGCAGUACACCCUCCACCGCUCCGCCGAGAACUUUGAUGACCCGGACACCUUCAAGCCCCAGCGCUGGCUGAGCCCCGAGUCGGCCGAGAAGCACAACCCGCUCGCGUUCAUCCCGUUCUCAUUCGGCUCGGCGAACUGCGUCGGCAAGAAUCUCGCGUGGCGGGAGAUGAUUAUGGUCAGCGCGGCGCUUAUCCACACCUUCGACAUCCGCUUUGCCAAGGAUUUCGCCGGGGCCGAAGAAUGGAGCAACCAUCUCCACGACCAGUUCGUCACUAGUAUCGCAAUGCCCCUCCAGGUAACUUUGACCAAGAGGGCUUAGUUCGACAGUUGCAGUAUGCCGAUAAUCCACUUUUUCACCUUUGAAUAGAACGCCACAUUCGUUAGUAUCUUCGAUAAAGAAUAGCAUUUGGAACCCACUGAUGCAAC